AACUUUCUUUACAAUCGACACGGUUGAAGCAAGAAACAGGACUAAACCACUCGGAGACGCAUUUGGAUUACUUUCAGCGACGCUUCCCUUCCAGGAAUCUAUCAUUUGCAGUUUCACUUUGAUGCGUUUGGAUUUGCUUACUAUUGAUUAUUCUGACAACAUCAUGACUCUGGAAGAAGUCGUUGGAAGCAAUAUUACUGAUCAGAAGAUGGAUGCUGUAAGUCAAGCCUUAGAAGAGCUGCUGGUAGCAGCGCAGAGACAAGACUGCCUUACAGUCGGCGUUUACGAAUCUGCAAAGCUAAUGAAUGUUGAUCCAGACAGCGUGGUACUGUGCGUCCUGGCCACUGACGAGGAGGACGAGGACGACAUCGCUCUUCAGAUCCAUUUCACUCUGCUGCAAGCUUUCUGCUGCGAGAACGACAUCAACAUCCUGCGUGUGUCUGGGCUGAGGCGCCUGGCACAGGUUAUCGGAGAGCCAAGCUCCAAGGAGAACAAUAAUAACGGCGAACCCAGAGAUUUCCACUGCAUCCUAGUCACUAAUCCUCAGUGCCAGCCACUAAAAUGCCAAGCGCUGAAGGAAGUGGGCAACUACUGCGAUGAGAGCCGCUGCAGGAACCAGUGGGUGCCCUGCCUGUCACUGCGCGAGCGCUGAAGCACUGCGAGCUUCGAUCGCGCGGAAAAUCAUAACAAAACCGUCUGGUUCUGUGAGCAGCGGAAGGAAAGAAAGAGGCGAGGGGGGCUUUUUUUCUUUUUGCCACUCUGCGUCAGCUACCGUUCAGCGAAGACGCUGGAGGAAACCUAAA